AUGCCGAGCAGCAUUCGAGAUGCCGUCUCCGCUGUCAAGGUGGCUGCGAAAGAAGCAGCUGAGGCCAUUCAGAAGGAGUGGCAAUUUACAUUUGAAGACUACUCCUGCAGACUGUCUUUGGUCCGGCCCAACCUCAUAGCGACAGAUUUCCCAAGCCGACCUCGACAACACUGGCUGGCGGCACGUUUGAACCGCGACCAUUCGGGCAGCUACCUGGUGAUCAACCUGUCUGGAACCAGCUACGACACCUACGAAUUACAAGGUCCGUGCAUGGACAUCAUGAUGUCUGGCUGUGUGCUGCCAUUAGAGGUCUUGCUGCGGCUCGUCGUUUCGGUGCAGCAGUGGCUGUCGCGUGCGGCGCGCAAUGUGGUCGUGGUGCAUGGAGCAGAUGAUGGAUCUGGCACAGCAGCGAAUUAUGGGCCAGGUUCAUUUCCGGUGGUCCUCUUCUUUGCAUGCUACUUGAGCUGGGUUGGGAAGGCAGACCAUCCGAAAGAAGCAAUGGUGGAGGUUACCAGGCGGAUGGGAAUUUCUAGAAGUUUGUGGCCGUCACAAUUGAGAUAUCUUAGUUAUUUCGAGCUGCUGCAGCGUGGAAAGCUAGAUUUGUGGUCACAUCCUGCCCGUUUGGCUCGGGUGGUGUUGGUCCACGCGGGGUCGCAUUUGCGCGAUCGUGCCUUGGAAGUGUGGAAGCAAGAGCAGCUCAUCUUCAGGACCAAUGUGAGUGAGGAUGACGAUGUUUGCCACACCUCAGCCUUUCGAAUCACCAGUCCUGCAGAGGGCGACUUGUCCCUCCGUUUGGUCUCUCGCAGAGCACAGGAAGACGAUGGUGCGGUGGGCGAUUGGGAGCUGGAACUGCAGGUUUGCUUCCACACCGCGCUCAUUGCACUUGCUGGUGGCUUCACGCGCUUUCCUUCCUCGGAAAUCGAUUCGGCUUGUGAACAGAGUUGCACCGUAGAUGUUUUUGUGGAGCUUCUCAACACUGGCCAGGAUGAGGGUGACAGUUCAGCUUCAGCCGCAAUGAUUUUAGCAGCUGAGCAGUCUCUUGGAAGCCAAAGAAAAAACUGCGGAGUUCUUUGA